GAGUACACGUACCUUGCUUGAAAACUCGGUCACGGUUUUUGUUUUCCCCUGUUACUGUUAUUGUUGCUGCUUUCCAUCGCCAUGGCCGACGAACAGGAAGUCAAGCUCGAGAGCGAGUACCCUAACGAGCAGGAUGCCGGUGUUGCGAACGAGGAAGCAAAGCAGGAUUACGAUCAGGAACGGAAUAAGGAGGAACAAGGUCAGGACUACCGUAAUGGAGGUUCCGAUAAACCCGUAGAAGAUCAGGGUCGCGACGAGCCUCCAUCGGCUGACAGAUCGACCAGUCCAGGAGGGAAAUUAUUCAUUGGAGGUCUAUCAUGGGAGACGACGACAGAGAUAUUGACGAAUCAUUUCGCGAAGUAUGGAAAGAUUAUAGACUCAGUUAUCAUGAAGGACCGAAACACCGGCCAGCCGAGAGGCUUUGGCUUCGUAACUUACGAAGACCCUGCUGUAUGCGACAUUGUCGUGCAAGAGAAGCACGUCUUGAACGGCCGAACGAUUGAGGCGAAAAAGUCGGUUCCUCGAGAGAAUAUCGGCGGGCCCAGCAGCAGAGGUCCGAAAACGAAGAAGAUCUUCGUGGGUGGUUUGUCUGCAUCCGUAACGGAAGAGGACCUCAAGGAGUAUUUUUCCGCGUUCGGCGAGGUCACGGAUCAUCAGAUAAUGCUGGACCACAACACUGGGAGGUCCCGAGGUUUCGGCUUCGUGUCAUUUGAGAGCGAGCAGGCCGUUGACGAGUGCCUGGCGCGAGGUAGAAUGCACGAGAUUGCCGGAAAGCAGGUGGAGGUGAAGAAGGCAGAGCCAAAGCGGUCAGACUAUGCCCAGGAGGGCGGAUAUGGAGGGUCUGACCGCGGGGGUGGUUACGGUUCGCGAUACGGGGGGGGUUACGGAGGAGGGGGGUAUGGCGGUGGCUAUGGUGACAGCUAUGGUGGCUACGGAGGGGGCUAUCGCGCUGGUGGUGGCUAUGGCUCUCGUGGUGGUUAUGGAGGUGGGGGUGGUUAUGGCGCUGGUGGUGGCGGUGGUGGAUAUGGUGGCGGUUAUGGUGCCGGUGGUGGUGGUGGUGGUUACGGUGGUGGUUAUGGUGCUGCUGGUGGUGGUUAUGGGGGUGGAAGCAUGGGCGGGUAUGGUGCCGGGAGCUAUGGAGGUGGCCUUGGGUCUUAUGGUGGUGCAGUUGGUGGUGGGGCGUAUGGUGCGUAUGAUAUUGGAGAUGGGUACGGUGCAGGGGGAGGUGGAGCGUAUGGCAGCUAUGGGGGAGCAAGUGGGGGCUAUGGUGGUGGGGGUAGCUAUGGUGGUGGUGGCAGCUAUGCUGGUGGCUCUGUGGGGGGUGGGAGUGGGUAUGGUGGAUAUGCCAGUCGUGGGGGUGGUAGUGGGGGUGCGGGAGGGGGUGGGGGUGGGAGUUACAGUGGAUCUGGAGGCACUGGCCGAUACCACCCAUACGGCAGAUGAGCCACCAAUGUUGGGCCCACACUCGUGGCCCAUUAGGAUAGCCACGCCCGGCUCCACAGUUCUGUCAUAUGCUUAGACUUACCUCCUCUAUGCAUGCUUCGUGGAGUUUUUGUGGAGCCGAAGGCAACAUUUGGAUUGAAUGUACCCUUGAGCGUGGGUGUUGAUUUUAGCAUCAUUCCAUCAG